AUGUGAUUGCGGCCCAAAAGCUCAGAGUGCAUGUAGCUCACACUAUUUAGUAGUGUUUUGGGGGUAAAUGAAAGAUGCAUUUGUUGUUGCAUGUCGGUUAGGGUUUAAGAGCAGUUGUAGCUGAAGUUGUGUGAAAGAAAAGUCCCAAACUAAAUCAGCAUGGCUCAUUUUGGUUUUGAAGAAAAGGAGAGUCACUGUUUGAGAAGAGACAUCUCUAACCUGCAGUCCUGUGCUGGAAGUAACCAGCUAAGCAGUACUUUAGUGUCACAAAUGCCAACCAUGAAGACAAGUGAGCAGAUUUGUUUAGGGGUUUCCCAGCUGGAAAACAACCUUGACAUGAGCAGUGAGUCCACGAAUCAGGUGGAGGAUUACAGUCCUCCCAUAGACAUUUCUACAGCUCUGAAGUCAAUGGCAUUAAUGCGCACAUGGAAUUUGAAAGUUCCCUUAACAAUGCCGUCUUCAGCACCUGGACUUCAGGAAGACAACUCAACUUUGUCCCCACUGGAUUAUUUGAGUAAAAGUCAUGAAAUGGAAGCAGAUCCUUUUAAAGGGGAAAUGUUGAAUGUGUCAUUCCAGUCAAAGUACAUUCAUUUUUUCCCACUGUAUCAGGACUACUGCUUGCAGGCUGUGAGAGGAGAUAUUCACAGACUCAGAGACGGUUGCCUGUCUGAACUGAUAAAUCCCCAGAAUCUUCGGAGCCUACAGUCACCUCCAAACCCCUGCAGCCAUUCAAGCACAGAGUCCCUUCAGCAAAGAUCACCUGGUGCAACUCUAUACUCGCCUCAACCUAUUAGGGUGACUUCCUGCACCCUCUGGCAAGAUUUGGAUGAGGUUAAGGCAUCUGGCCUGCUCAGCAGCUUAACAGUUGGAGAGAUUCGCCUUCAUGAGUCCAUAUUUGAGUUGAUCAGCUCUGAAGCAUCUUACCUAAAAAGCCUUGAAGUGGCAGUCAAGCAUUUCUUUGCAUCAAAGGCACUGAAGACGACUCUGACCAAAAUGGAGCAUCAUGUUUUAUUUUCCAACAUUCACCAAGUGAAGGCAGCCAGUGAAAGGUUUCUUAUGGAUCUGGAAACUCGACUGGGAGAGAACAUGUUCAUGUCUCAGGUUGGAGACAUUGUGCUCCAACACUGCCAGGAUUUUCACAAACUCUAUGUACCUUAUGUGACUAAUAUGACGUACCAAGAGUCCCUCGUCAACCAGCUGCUGAAACGGAACAGAAACUUUCUUCAUACACUGAAAACACUGGAAGGCAACCCAAUGUGUCAAAGACAGACUCUUAAGUCAUUUCUAGUCCUUCCCUUCCAGAGAAUUACACGUAUAAAACUGUUACUGGAGAGAACCCUGAAACUGACUGAACCAGAUACUGACUCUGCAUCAAAUCUCUCAAAGGCAAUCGAUGCCGUCCACGAGAUUGUGACAGAGUGUGACGAGGGGGUCAAAAAAAUGAAACGACUGGAAGAACUACUCUGCCUGGAAACACGACUAGAUUUUGGCAACAUUAAGUCUGUUCCUCUGGUCAUCAGCACACGCUUUCUGAUCCUCCAAGGGCCCAUGAAACUGCUGACUCUAGAGAGCACUUCCAGCUCAGGAAUGUCAUUUAUGGACAUCUACCUCCACCUCUUCAAUGACCUUUUGAUCAUCUCCUCUAAAAAGGAUCAGCGGUUCAUGGUACUGGAUCACGCUCUCUUCCCAGCACAUGUGUCUGUGGAGCAUCUGAAGACUGAAGUCCUGGGACUACCGCCACACUCUUUUCUGCUACAUCUGUCCAAAAGUCAGACAGGACAUCCAACUGCCAUGAUACUUGUAACACUCACAAGAUCGGAUAAAGAAGUAUGGAAGAAGGAACUGUCAUCUAAGGAGUGAUGGGCAUAAAAUGCAGACCCCACCACCACACUGCCUUUUAUUUUUUUAUUAAUUUUGACUUUUG